AUGGGUGGCAACGUCUUCUCUCCCCCGGGGCCCGACGCCCUCAACACCCCUCGCAUGAGCCCGUCCGUCUACAACCACGUCAAGGAGCAGUGCACCAGCGCCCUCAAGAAAUUGGGUUUCUCGCGAGUUUUAACCCCCAUCGAAGCCCCGGAGAAGGACAGUUUCGGUGAUGUCGACAUCCUCGUGUGCCUCGAAGAGGCCAGCUUCACUCCAAACGCCCCACUUGACAAUUCCGAGUGGGAUCGGGUCGAAAAGGCUCUGAGAGCUGAGCGCAGCGCUUCUCAGAGCAGGAUCGGCCCGGACAAGAAGCGCAUCAUUGAUAGCAAGAGCUUUGCUGUCCCUUGGCCUGCCGGCUUUGGGUCACCUGGAGAGUCCAAGGCAGCUUCAGGUCCACGCUUCAUUCAGGUCGAUGUUCGCGCAUGUUAUACUCACCAAGAGAUGGAGUGGCGGGUGUUCAAGCACAAUCAUGGAGACCUGUGGAACAUGCUUGGCCAAAUCAUCCGACCUUUAGGGCUCACUGCCGAUGAGGUUAGCCUGUACAUCCGCAUACCAGAGAUCGAGAAGCAGGACAAGAAGAAAGCACGCGUCCUCCUGACCAGUGAUCCGACCAAAGUGAUCGACUUCCUCGGCCUCAGCCAACGCAAUGGCGAGAGGGGGAAGCCGUUCAAGUCAGUAAACGACCUCUUCGAAUACGCCGCGAGCUGCAAGUGGUUCAUGUUGUGGCCCCAAGACCAAAACGUGGAGGGAGAGAAAGCGAACGAUCGAUCGCGAAUGGAGAAGCGCCCGAUUUUCAAACGCUGGACCGAAGAGUUCAUCCCCGCCUGCCGCGCAAAAGGCCGCUUCGUGGUCGCCAACCCGCAGGAGCGCACCCCGCGUGACGUCCGCGACGAGGUCCGCAAGGAAGCCUUCAGGACCUUCCCGGACUCCGGUGCCGCGUACAACACCGCCCUCGCCGACUGGACCAAAGAGAAGACGCGCAUAUUCGUCAAGAACAAGCUCAUCAAGGAGGACGCGUGCCUCCCCGCGGACAUCACGCCCUUCCUGCCCACCCCACGCGAGCACGACGAUGGCACGACAGCCACCCUCCCCGACCUCGAGAGGAACUGGCGCGGCGUGCUGCGCUCGGCGCUCGCCAAGGUGAUCAUCGACGAUGACGACACGUUCGGGAGCAUCAGGCCCCCCGGGCUCCGCGACGCGGAGGGCGUGCUGGAGGUCGACCGCAUCAAGGAGUGGAUCGGCCAGAAUUGGAAGGAGGUCGGGCGCGUGGCAUGGGAGCUGAACUGUGAGCGUUCCCGGGAGAGCAUGGAGCGCAAGCGUAAGGCUGCUGAGGACGCACAGGCGGGCAAGGCCGCUGUCGGCGAGGCGACGGACGGCAAGCAGUGA